AUGCUCGCUGCUAGAUAUGCUCGUGUUGCGGCCAAGCGUGCGCCUCUGCGCAUGGCGUCGCCUGUUUUCCAGCAGACCCGUUUCAACUCUAAUGGCAAGAUUCAGGGCACCGUAAUUGGUGUGGAUCUGGGUACCACCAACUCGGCCGUGGCCGUCAUGGAGGGCAAGACCCCCAAGGUCAUUGAGAACUCCGAGGGUGCCCGUACCACUCCGUCCGUCGUUGCCUUCACCAAGGACGGCGAGCGUCUUGUUGGUGUGCCCGCCAAGCGCCAAGCCGUCGUCAACCCCGAGAACACCCUCUUUGCCACCAAGCGUCUCAUUGGUCGCCGCUUCGAGGAUGCUGAGGUCCAGAAGGACAUCAAGGAGGUGCCCUACAAGAUCGUCAAGCACACCAACGGCGAUGCCUGGGUCGAGGCCCGCGGCCAGAAGUACUCGCCCUCUCAGAUUGGUGGCUUUGUGCUCACUAAGAUGAAGGAGACCGCCGACGCCUACCUUGGCAAGGCCGUCAAGAACGCCGUCGUUACCGUCCCCGCUUAUUUCAACGACUCCCAGCGUCAGGCCACCAAGGACGCCGGUCAGAUCGCCGGCCUUAACGUCCUCCGUGUCGUCAACGAGCCCACUGCCGCUGCUUUGGCUUACGGUCUCGAGAAGGACGACGACAAGCUCAUUGCCGUCUUCGAUCUCGGUGGUGGUACUUUCGAUAUCUCUAUUUUAGAGAUCCAGAAGGGUGUCUUCGAGGUCAAGUCUACCAACGGUGACACUCACUUGGGUGGUGAGGACUUUGACAUUGUCCUUGUCCGUGAAAUCGUCGGCAAGUUCAAGAAGGAGACCGGCAUCGAUCUCAGCGGUGACCGCAUGGCCGUCCAGCGUAUCCGUGAGGCCGCCGAGAAGGCCAAGGUCGAGUUGUCCUCCUCCAGCAAAACCGAGGUCAACUUGCCCUUCAUUACCGCCGACGCCUCCGGCCCCAAGCACAUCAACGAGACUCUCACUCGUGCUCAGUUCGAGAAGCUCGUCGAUCCUUUGCUCAAGCGCACUGUUGAGCCCGUCAAGAAGGCCCUCAAGGAUGCCGACGUCUCGGCUUCCCAGGUCAAUGAGGUCAUCCUUGUUGGUGGUAUGACCCGUAUGCCCAAGGUCAACGACAUCGUCAAGGAGGUCUUCAACCGUGAGCCCAGCCGCAGCGUCAACCCCGACGAGGCUGUUGCCAUUGGUGCCGCCAUCCAGGGUGCCGUUCUUUCCGGUGAGGUCCAGGACGUUCUUUUGCUUGAUGUCACUCCUCUCUCCCUCGGUAUCGAGACCCUCGGUGGUGUCUUCACCCGUCUCAUCAACCGUAACACCACCAUCCCUACUCGCAAGGCUCAGGUCUUCUCUACUGCCGCCACCGGCCAGACCUCUGUCGAGAUCCGCGUUUACCAGGGUGAGCGUGAGCUUGUUCGCGACAACAAGUUGAUCGGCAACUUCACCCUCGGUGGCAUCCCCCCCGCCCCCAAGGGCGUUCCUCAGAUCGAGGUCACUUUCGACAUUGAUGCCGAUGGAAUCAUCAACGUUUCUGCCCGCGACAAGGGCACCAACAAGGAUGCCUCUAUCACUGUUGCUGGCUCUUCUGGUCUUUCCGACUCUGAGAUCGAGAACAUGAUCAAGGACGCCGAGAAGUACGCCGACCAGGACAAGGCUCGUCGCGAGAUGAUCGACGCUGCCAAUCGCUCCGACGGCGCCGCUAACGAGAUCGAGAACUCUCUCAACGAGUACCGUGCCCAGCUCGACGCCAACGAUGUCAAGGAGCUCGAGGCCAAGGUCGCUGAGGUCCGCGAGCUCGUUGCCCGCUCCCAGGCCGGCGAGGAGGUCGACAAGGAGGAUCUCCGCGUCAAGACCGACGAGAUGCAGAACAAGUCUCUUGAGGUGUUCAAGAAGGUCUACGAGAACAAGGCCAAGGAGCAGCCUCAAGACGAGAAGAAAGAGUAA